GAGGGCGGCCAUGGCGAGGGAUUGGCUGCCGAAGGGGAAGGGCUUUUCCUCCCACAUAUGGUCCCAGAAGCAGGGAGGGAGAGGGGCUGCUGUUCGUUCUUGUGGAAAGGCCCAGCCUAGGCCGGCUCUGCGAGGGAGGUGUUUGUCAUGCUCCACGCAAUCAACCGCACAGGCCACAGGUUUGAGAGCCAUUUUUCAAGGUGGCGGCCUUACCAUAAAUCUGUAUUGGCAAUUAGAAGGGAGGAUGUUAAUGCCUGGGAAAGGAGAGCUCCACUGGCCCCCCGGCAUGUCAAACUGCUAACCAACUUGGGAUACAAAGUUCUGGUGCAACCAUCCAAUCGAAGAUCCAUCCAUGAAAAAGACUACAUCAAAGCUGGUGGCAUUAUCCAGGAAGACAUUUCUGAGGCUUGCUUGAUUGUGGGUGUGAAGAGGCCUCCAGAUGGAAAACUGAUUCCCAACAAGAACUAUGCUUUCUUCUCCCAUACUAUCAAAGCUCAAGAGGCAAACAUGCCCUUGUUAGAUGAAAUCCUGAGCAAGAAAAUACGAUUGAUAGAUUAUGAAAAAAUGGUGGAUCACAGAGGAGUACGCGUUGUAGCCUUUGGAAAGUGGGCUGGUGUCGCAGGUAUGAUCAACAUUUUACAUGGAAUGGGUUUACGAUUUCUUGCCCUGGGACAUCACACUCCUUUCAUGCACCUUGGUAUGGCCCAUAAUUAUCGAAACAGCAGCCAGGCUGUGCAAGCAGUUCGGGAUGCAGGCUAUGAAAUUUCCCUGGGCCUGAUGCCUAAAUCUCUUGGACCCGUAACAUUUGUGUUUACAGGUACCGGUAAUGUCUCUAAGGGUGCUCAGGAAAUGUUUAACGCACUACCUUGUGAGUUUGUGGAGCCCCAUGAGCUGAAGGAGGUCUCUAGGACUGGAGACCUCAGGAAAGUUUAUGGGACGGUGCUAAGUCGACACCAUCAUCUUGUAAGGAAGAGCGAUGGUGUAUAUGAUCCUGUGGAAUAUGACAAGCAUCCAGAACUCUACACAUCUCGAUUUAAUACUGAUGUUGCACCCUAUACAACCUGCUUAAUCAAUGGGAUCUACUGGGAGCAGCAUACUCCCCGGUUGCUGAGCCGCCAGGAUGCCCAGAGGCUUCUGACUCCUCUCCGACCUUCUGCCACUGCUACUGAGGGCUGCCCUGAGCUGCCACACAAACUUGUUGCAAUAUGCGACAUCUCGGCUGAUGCUGGAGGAUCUAUAGAAUUUAUGACAGAAUGUACAACAAUUGACAGUCCCUUCUGCAUGUAUGAUGCUGACCAGCAUAUCAUUCAUGACAGUGUGGAGGGAUCUGGGAUUUUGAUGUGUUCUAUUGACAAUCUGCCGGCUCAGCUUCCCAUAGAAUCAACAGAAUGUUUUGGAGACAUGCUUUUUCCUUAUAUUGAAGAAAUGUUGCUCUCCGAUGCCUCAGAGCCCCUUGAGAGCCAGAACUACUCACCUGUAGUUAGAGAUGCAGUGAUUGCAUCCAAUGGUUCAUUGACUGAUAAAUAUAAAUACAUCCAGAAACUGAGGGAAAGCAGGGAAUACACCCAGUCGCUGACUAUGGAUAAGAAAAAGAAGGUUUUGAUCCUUGGAUCAGGAUACGUCUCUGGGCCUGUGAUAGAAUAUCUCACAAGAGACCCUAACAUUGAAAUAACAGCAGUAUCCAUCAUGAAGAAACAGCUUGAACAGCUGGCGAAGAGAUACAUGAAUGUUGCUCCUGUUGUUGCAGAUGUCACUGAAGAUGAGGAGAAAUUAUCAUCUAUGGUGAAGAAACACAAUCUUGUUAUUAGCUUGCUCCCUUACUCAUUCCAUCCUUUGGUUGCUAAGAAGUGUAUUGAGAGCAAAGUGAAUUUGGUGACUGCCAGUUAUCUGACACCAGCUAUGAAAGAACUGCAGGAAAGUGUUGAAGCAGCUGGCAUUACAGUUGUCAGUGAAAUGGGUUUGGAUCCUGGUCUUGACCAUAUGUUGGCAAUGGAAUGUAUCGAUAAAGCAAAAGAAGUGGGUGCUACGGUGGUAUCCUAUAUUUCUUUCUGUGGUGGCCUGCCUGCUCCAGAAUAUUCUGACAAUCCCCUGAGAUAUAAAUUCAGCUGGAGUCCGCAGGGAGUCCUGCUAAACACAAUUCAAUCUGCCACGUAUUUAAAAAAUGGACAGAUUAUUAAUAUUCCAGCCGGAGGAGCUGUGCUUGAUUCUGUUACUGUCAUGGAUUUUUUCCCAGGAUUAAAUUUAGAAGGUUUUCCAAACAGGGACAGUACAAAAUAUGCUGAACCAUAUGGUAUUCAAUCAGCUCACACUCUUUUAAGAGGAACUUUACGAUACAGGGGUUAUUCUAAAGCCAUAGCAGGCUUUGUGAAAUUAGGGCUAAUCAGUCCAGAGCCAUGUCCUAUGCUGAGUGCAACAGCACCAUCUAUAAACUGGAAAGACUUAAUGUGCAAGUUACUUGGACUUCAGCAGACUGCCAGAUCUGAAGAUCUCCGUGAUGCUGUCUACCACAAACUGAAUAAGGAUGAAAAGCAACUGGAGGCAGUGGAAUGGUUGGGAUUACUCAGAGAUGAACCUGUUCCAAUAGCAGACAGUAUAGUGGGUGCACUGGCCAAGCACAUGGAGGCCAAACUGUCCUAUGGCCCUGGAGAGCGAGACAUGAUAGUUAUGAGGAAUGAAAUAGGACUAAAGCAUCCCUCUGGUCAUUUGGAGGAUAAAUAUGUCAGUCUUGUGGUGUAUGGUGAUGAUAAAGGCUAUUCCGCCAUGGCAAAAACUGUAGGGUACCCGACAGCCAUUGCAGCAAAGAUGGUUCUAGAUGGUGAAAUUAACAGCAAAGGCAUGGUCAUCCCAUUGACAAAGAACAUAUAUGGACCAAUACUCCAACGUAUUCAAGCUGAAGGCAUUUCCUACAGUACCCAGAGUGUUAUCAAGCAAUAAAGGGAGCUUCAUCUCUUCUCCCCUCCCCAGGAUCUAGUUUUCUAUGAACAAUUGGCAGCUUGGACAUAAUUGCUUAUGGGCCUCUGUUCUCUGGGAAAUCUAUAGGACCAUUGAAAUUAAGGUAGCCGUACUGCCGCAGUUCUGCCACACUCUUGUGAAUCUCUUAAAUCUUUUUCAGUGCGGCUUGCACAAUAGAAUUUCCUGGUGGAUCAUGCCCUGUAGCUUUUCUUUAAAGUUGCAGUCCAGGCCAUACAUAUCUGGAAGCAAGGUUUUUUUCCCCAAAAUUAGCAAGACUUCAUCAGUGAGGCUUAGAUUUCUAAGUAGCUUGCACUACAGAAUUACUUGUAAAGCAGGGGUGUGGAAUGAAUGGCUAUCCAUAUAUUUUGGGGCUCCAGCACACACUGGCUCCAGGCAGUAUAUCCAAUGGUUACUGGAGUUUGGUCAAACUAUAUAUGGAGGGACAUAGGUUUCCAGUCUCUGUUAUAAAAUUUUUGUGUAGAUAACAGAAAUUCCAUCAUAAUAUGGGGCCUAUUUGCCUUCAAAGCCAGAGAACCUUUUGACAGUACAUGGGCAUCUUGAAACAAUGCUAAAUGUUUUAAGUCGUAUCUUAAGUGCUGAGAAUUUGCUAAGUGUGUUAAGUUCAAUUUUUUUUUUUGUUUUUAAAUAGAAUAGUCUCCCUUGAAAUAUAACACUGGCAGCAGAAAGUUGUAAUAUUUAUAAAGCCAAAUUUUGAUAGUUUCCCCAUUCCAUUAAUUCUGUGAGUCUUAGGUUCCAAAAUGAAAAUUGGAUUACAGUUCCUAGACUCUCUCAUUGUUGGCCAUGCUGGUUUUGACUUCUUGGAGUUGGAGUCCAAUGGCAGAUAGGAUCCAUGUUGGGGAUCCACUGUUUUAUUGAGUCAGUCUGAGGCCUCAGUUUUUAGACUGUUUCCUCUGAAGAAUCAGCAUUAAAAUUGGUAAACUCCAUCUUCUAAAAAUGUAUAUGGAAUAGCUUCCCACUCCCACCCUCAAUGAAUCAACUUUUGUAAUCAUUUUUUUACUCAGUCCAUAUGCAUAAUGGGUUUAUCAUUACUGUGCCGUCCAACAAAUCUCAGUAAUGACUGCAUGUUUGCAAGCAAUGAAGCCAAAUGUAUAUUGGACUCACUUAUGAGAUGGUACUCAACAGCGGUCUCAUCAUGAGCUUUUCAGAGUUUAUUCUACCUAUUCCUAUCCAGUUAAAGAGUCUUGGGUCGUAGGAUGGGAAAGACUUCUGCCAGAGAUUCUGAAGAACUUCUGCCAGCAAGAGAGACAGAUAUGUACCACGCAGUCUUGUUGUCUGAAAAUAAUUUUAUGGUCAUGGAAACUAAUCAAUUUAUUAGUAAAAGAGAAGCUUCUCUUAAUGUGAUUUGCAAUACCUAGAAAAUUAUGCCAAAAAUAUUUUUCUAUGAAAUGGAAAUCUGAAUAUAAUAUUAUUGUUAUAGACAAUUCAGUAAUAUAUGAGAUCUUGACAAUAUUUUCUCUAUCUUAUAUGAUAACUUUAAUUCCACGUUUGCCAAAUUUUGUGUUGUUUGAAACUACUGGUAUGUUUCAAUCUACUGGAUAGCUAAAGUAAUAGUAUACUUAGCUAUGGGAAGGUAGCUGAUUUAUAGUCUGUAGGUAGCAUUUGCUAGUGGAAUAUCUCUAUUUCCUCUUCCAUAUAUAUAUCAGCCUCACCCAACCUGUAUGCCUCCUCAUAUGUUCUAUUGUAGUGCCCAUGGGUUGGUUUUUACCAGGAUCCUUCCUUGUUCCAUACUUGAAAGACAUCACAAUAGGUUAAGGACAGGUCUUGCAGUGCAUAUGCCAUUAUUUUCAGGAAAUCCCAAGUAUCCUUGUUCUGUAACUGCCCUUUCAUUUAAUUAUAUCAAAACAAAAAUGAGAUCAUUUGAGCAUGGUGGGAUUUAUCAGUGAUGAGAGAUGCAUCUCAUCUUCUGAUCUUUGCCACAUGUGUGAUGAUUGUCUUAAAUGGAAACUUUCUGGAUGCAGCCACAUAUCUAAUACUUCCUAUUCAAGAUCACUCAGGUUUUGAAAGAAAGGUCUCUUUGUUCCAGCCAUGGGGAGUGGGAAUGAUGUGGAGAAAGAGCACAUGUUUGGUUGUGCAUGAAGGAAGGAAGAAGAGUGUGCAGUCUGUGCUUCCACAUGCUCAGAUGAACACUGCUUCAAACUCCAGUGACUAAAAGGAGGUAAACAUGAACCAAAGUGUCUUCUGUACUGUGCUAAAGUACUGUGCCUUGCCAUUUCAUCCCAGCUGUGCUGAUCUUUCUUCCUGUCCCCUUUGUUCUUCUCAUAUAGUUGAAAAAGUUAAAGCUGAAAUGCUCAAAAAUUCUAUUGUGGCAUUACACUACAAUAACUGGUUUACACUAGUAAUUUUACUUUUACUUACUUUCAUAAAGAGGUAUCCAGUACCCCUUGACGCAGACAUUUGCCUGACUUUCAUAAAGAGGUAUCCAGUACCCCUUUAUGCAAACGUUUGCCUGCAGUAAAUUAUGCAGUUUCACUUCCAGGUACUAAAGUGACUCACACAUCUUGAUUCUCGUUGAUGUCAGCCAAGUUUGGCCUUAAAUUAAAUCUGCCUGUAUUGUCUGGAAUAGGUCUGUAUGCGCACAAAUAAGGAAAAGAAAUCCAACACAAUUACCACUACAUUUCAGCCUGUUCAUUGUAUGAACUUGUCUAGUCUGGUUGUUGGGAGGUAUUAUGUACACCAGAGUAGCUCAUUUGCUGAUGUGGUUCAGAUUUAAAUCUAAAUACUGGCCAGCUAUCUGGACUGUCCAAAGCUAAUGUUGACUGCUGGGAAACAGACUUUUAUCAGUCUAUAAGUUCAAGUUAACGUUUAUUGUACAAGCCAAAGGCCAUGACAAAAAGAGCUUAUCCAAAAGCAUAAAACAUUUAAAACAAAAGACACAGAAUACAAAGGACAAAAAAUGUCCCAGCAUUUAGUGUGCAGUUAAAAUAGUUAACUGUUAAAAAGGACAAAAGGAAAAAGAGACAUUUUUCCUGAAUAUUAGUAAACAUAUACAAUAAAAUCAUAAAAUCUAAUUAAUACUUGGCGUCUCCAUAGCAAUUUAUGGCAAUUAUUUUUAACUCUUUCUAAUCUAUUUUUCAGCCAUGGCAAAAAGAGCCACUUUAUGUGUUACAUAGUCAUUGGUAUCACUCAAAAUUGGACUGAAUCAACAGUAGAGCUCCAACUUUUGUUUGUCAGCAAGGGUGUUAAAAAUUUCUUUCUAGGGUUGCUGUACAAUGGACAAAUUAACAAGUAGUGAACACUAUCCUCCACCUGAGGCUGACUGCAGAUGCAUAGUCUGUUCUCAAAAGGCACUUCGUUGUAGCAUCCAUCUAGAACCACAGUAGGCAUUACUUGAAGUCGUAGCUCAGUGAAGGCAAUUCUUAAAGUAGGAGACUUGAGUUGAGUCAAAUAUCUGGCUCUAAAAUGUUCAGUUUUCAAAAAGGAGAACCAAAAGGAGAAUUGUAAGUUCCUAAUUGACUGCAGAUCUUUUCUUGAAUCAGUCCAAAAAAGGAAUUCUCUUAAUUGCCUCUUAUCCAUGCCAAUAACAGUGUUCAGCUCAGAAAAGUUAUAUAUUUGUGAAAGAAUUUGAAAACUUGAUUUCCAGAACUGGUUGUUGCACAUUUCCAAGUAACAAAAUGCUGGGAGACGAUUAGUUGAUACAGUAGCAAUAUGUUCAAAAUAUCUUAUCUGUGUAAAAUCUAUUUUUGUUUUAACUGAGGGGCAGCCAAAUUCAGUGCACAGAAAAGGUGCAGGAGUUCCAUUUGGUAAAGUGCAGAGCUUUCGGAGAAAUGUAUUUUGUAAUAUUUCCAAGGCUUUGCUGAUGUGGAUAUCUGAUCAUAUUUCUCCACCAUAAAGCAUCUGGGCAAUAACUUUGCUGUUGAUAAUUUUCAAGGCUGGUUCAAUCAACUGGCUGCCUUGGUUGUAAUAGAAUUUCAACAAAGCUCUGACUGUUUUGUCAGCUUUCAGUUUUACUGCUUCCCUAUGGUUUUUCCAAGAAAGGGACUCACUGAGAACUGUGCCCAGAUAUCUGAAUAGUUGGGUUUGUUCUAUAUUAUUUUGGUCUAGGAUCUAUUUGUGCUUUGGAGAGUUUCUGCCGAAUACCAUUACCUUGGUUUUGGAGUAGUUUAUUGACAAGUGUUCUUGCUGACAAUAGACACUGAAAGCAUUCAAUAGAUUUUUGAAAGAAACACACAGUUCCAGUGGCAAAAAUACUGGGUGUACAUGUCCAAAGAGGUGUAUGGAAAGUCCUUUUAAACAAUAUUUGGUACCUAGUCCAGUAAACUUGUGUGCAGGUGUUCAGCUUCCUACUUCUUUUGCCAGUGUGGGACAUAAAAUGUCUCCUCGCCAACUGGCAGUGACCUUUCUGAGAAGUCAUCAAGUAGCUCUGGGAUACUAACCAGCUUUAGUGAGUUUUGUUUAAGAACAAUAAAAUAACCCACAAUUCUUGCCCAUCUUCUUUGCUACCCCCAAGCACCUACUCCCCAAACCAAAAGAUGUCCUUUACUGAAGCUUUUCUGCUAUAUUACUAAAUACUUCAAAUAACAGAAAGGAACAACUGCAAGGUUGUUCCAGCCGUUACUGUGUGCCUUUGUAGCUGUUUCUUAUUUCAACAUACUUCUUUUGGAGCCCUUUCCUUAGGGCAAAAGUGUAUUUUAUGUAUUUUGUCGCGUUUAUACAGAAAUCCGGUGCUUCUGCUACGGUGCCAUAUGAAAUAAAAGCAUUUGACUUUU